AUGUCGCGCGGAUCCGUGGAUUCGCUUCACGCCGUAGAAUCGUGCGCCUUCAAGCUCUUCAACUGGAGACCCUUCGCCAAGUCGAUAGACUCCGAUCCGGCCGCAGGGCCCGGAGGCGGGCCCCACAGCAAGCGCCCCUGCCGAGCGGACCGCGCCACGUCUUCGUUCUCCAUCGACGCGAUUCUGGACAUGUCCAAGCUCAGCCUCUUUGACGACGACCGUGCCCUAUCGCUAUCCGCCGCGCGCAAGCGCUGGCUCGCCCGAAAGCGCCGCCGCCGGGCCGGAUCGAGGUCUGUUUCCGGACGGAGCUCAGAUCGUAGGCGCGGCUGCUCGGUUGGCGCCUCCGGAGCCAACGGCACCUGCUCCGAUUUUCCGAUGGCGGCGGGCGGCACGGAUUCGAGCGGGGAGCUGUUUGGGGACUCGAAUUGGGCGUCUGAUGUGAGCGAUCGGAACUUUAGGAGGGGGAGGGAGGGGAGCGGCGGCGGGGAGAGGGAGAAUUUGGGUGGUGGGUGUGGGCAAUUUGGUAAUUUGGACAAUCAGGGGAAUGAAUCUGGGUAUGGGAGUGAGCCAGGGUACAGAGGCGAUGCGGAGCUUGGAUAUGGCGAUGAGGAAGAAGAUGAUUCCAGGGUUUUGUUUUGGGGAGAUGAAUUUGGAGAUGCAUCGUCGAAGAUGGAAAAGGUCGUUGAGAACUCUCUGCAGAAAGCUCAUCACAGAUGCCGGCGUAAGAAGCAUGAUGUGAAAAUGGUUGAUAACCUAAGAGCAGUACCGCACACCAAGUGUCGAGCUUUUGCGGGCAAUGCCCUAAUGCUCCGCGAGUCCGCUGCAGAAGCCCAGAAGGAAUUUGAAAAGAAUCGUUGCGUGACCUCCCCCGUUGACCGCAGCCGCCUCCUCUGA